AUGUGACCUUUUCGGUGAUGUAUCUCUUACGAGUAGGGAACUCUCGACCUUCCAAUCUAAAGAAAAACCGCUGACUAGCUGCGCCUGAAAACGUAUGAUCAAGCUCCAAACGAUGUUCUAUAGAGAAAAGAGUGUUUACUGAUUUAAACCGAUAAAUUGAGUACCGAAGACAUGAGGCAAUUAUUGAAUCAACUUGGGCUUCGUUUGGUGCAGGGGCUUCAGACACUGCCCAGAAAUGCCAGCACAGACUGUAGAAGAACUUGCCUGUACGAUGUGCAUGUCCGGCAUGGCGGCAGGAUGGUUCCCUUUGCUGGCUGGGAGAUGCCAGUACAGUAUAAGGACUCAAUCUCAGAAUCACAUUUGAACGUGAGGUCCAAUGCAGGAAUUUUCGAUGUGGGACAUAUGCUUCAGACUAAAAUUAGUGGCAAAGACAGAAUUAAGUUCAUAGAGAGCCUCGUGGUUGGUGACAUAGAGGGGCUGGGACACAACCAGGGCACGCUGACCGUGUUCACAAACCAGGACGGGGGCAUCAUUGAUGACCUGAUAGUGAACAUGACACAGGAAGGCUAUCUGUACGUUGUCUCCAAUGCUGGCUGUGCUGACAAGGACCUCAAUCUGCUCACUACUGAGUGUGAGAAGUUCAGAAGUAGAGACUAUGACGUGAAUGUAGAGGUCAUCGCCAACGGCCUCAUUGCUCUCCAAGGUCCAGGUAUGAUGCAGGUUCUACAGCCGGGUCUGCAGUUUGACCUGACAGAGUUGCCGUUCAUGACAAACAAGCUGGCAAUGGUGUACGGGGUACCCGAUUGUCGCAUCACACGCUGUGGAUACACUGGGGAGGACGGAGUCGAGAUCUCAGUGAAUAUUGACCAUGCAGAGAAACUUGUGUACAGUCUCCUCAACGCCACCAAGGCCGUGAAUGUGCGCAUGGCAGGACUGGGCGCCCGUGAUAGCCUGCGCCUGGAGGCUGGCUUAUGUCUCUAUGGAAACGAUAUUGACGAAAAUACCACUCCCAUAGAGGCUUCACUUGCCUGGACUAUUGGUAAAAGGCGACGAGAGGCAGGUGGAUUCCCAGGGGCCAGUGUGAUACUGAAGCAGCUCAAGGAGAAACCUUCCUGUCGCAGAGUAGGCUUCCUGUCAACAGGCCCCCCAGCAAGAGGUGGGACUGAAAUUUUAGACGAAUCAGGCUCCAAGGUCAUUGGCAAAGUGACGAGUGGCUGCCCCUCCCCGUCUCUGAAGCAGAACGUUGCCAUGGGUUACGUAGAUGCAGCCUACCUUAAACCUGGAAUGAAUGUGAAAUUCAACAUCCGCAAGAAAAUGGUGGAUGCCGUAGUGUCAAAAAUGCCUUUUGUGCCACACAAUUACUUUUAUGGAAAAUAAACACUUUAUUAAAGAUAAAAGAAUUGUUUAUUACUGUUUCUAUUGCAAUUAAAAAAAUACUAUUGAGAUGUUUUGGGAUGGCAUAUUUUAGCUUUUUAUGCAUCUAAAACUAGGCAUAUGGUCAUCGCAUGGUCCUUUCAUCUGUCAUUCUGUUUUACUUCUUGUGCUGAGCAGUGUGGAGCAUAUCUUGGCUAUUAUUGAAGGGAUUCAAAUGAAAAUUCAUAUGAGCCGCGUUCUGAGAAAACUGGGCUUAAUGCAUGUGCGUAAAGUGUCAUCCCAGAUUAGCCUGUGCAGUCCGCACAGGCUAAUCAGGGACAACACUUCCCGCUUUUAUGGUAUUUUUAGUUUCAAGGAAGUCCCUCCUUACCGAAAAUCAAGUUUAGGCGGAAAGUGUCGUCCCUGAUUAGCCUGUGCAGAUGGCACAGGCUAAUCAGGGACGACACUUUACGCACAUGCAUUAUGCCCAGUUUUCUCAGAACACGACUCUAAUGAUGGGGGCCAUUAAGAGAAAGUGCAGAGUACAAGAGGCAUAACUCUUAUUGGGAUGUAUUGCCCUUUAGUAAAUUGUCUUUUGUGGAGGGGAAGUAAGUAUUUAACCCUUUCCCUCUCAGAAGCCAAGUGAAUAUGGCUAUGUGUAAACAGCAUAAAACAAGAACAGCCUGCAAUGACUCGCAGUCUGUUCAGGUUUUAUGCUGUUUGCUGCUCAUUAGUAUCUAAGGGUUGAAAAUAAAGUCUUUAAAACUUGAAUUUAGUAGAAAAGGUAUUUAAUUGAAUGUAACUUUCUAAGGGACUACAAAUGCGUCAAAAUAUGCAUCUAAGUUGGAAAGGGUUAAAUGAAAAUUGGCAUGUUGAUAGAGGACAUUGAGAGUAAGUGCAAGAACUGCAACUUUUAUCAGUAUUCAUUGAUCUUUGUAUAUGUAGUCUCUUUUCUUUUGUCUUAACUAGGAUGAUGAUGCGAUGUGAAUUAAACUUCAUAUCCAGAUAGAGGGCUUUAAGGGGAAGUGCUUAGUACAAGAACCACAACUCUGUCAGUAAUAUGGGUUCAUUGUCCUUUGCCUGUUGUUUGUAUUGUCUGUUUCUAUUUAGAGCAUAACUAAAAGUACUAAACAUUAUCACCUGAUUUUCCAUAUAAUGAUAUCUAACUUUAAGAAUGAAAGUAAAAAUGGCGUGGUUAAGGACAAUAUCUUUGUCUUCGGUAUGUUUAGUAUGCAUUUUGUAUUUUUUUUAUCAUGUGCCAAGAAUAAAUUCAUAUGGUCAGAUACCAUUUAUAUACAUAUUUUCUUUAAGUCAUUGUUUAUUUUGUAUGCAGAACAGAAUGACAUACUGUUUUGUACUAAAAUGAAACUUAAUGUAUUUAUAAAGGACUUUGAGAGGAAGUGCACAGUAAAAGUACCAUAACUCUGUCUUUAAUGUUAACAGAAGUAUUGCUCUAUAUUAAUUUUCUUGUGCACUGUAUUAUAAUUUACACCGUUAGUAACUGACGGUGUAUGGGAUAUACACCCUAUGUAAUUUCAUACCAUACAAGAGCGAAGCUUAAGUAUUUUUUUUAUCAUGUGCCAAGAAUAAAUUCAUAUGGUCAGAUACCAUUUAUAUACGUAUUUUCUUUAAGUCAUUGUUUAUUUUGUAUGCAGAACAGAAUGACAUACUGUUUUGUACUAAAAUGAAACUUAAUGUAUUUAUAAAGGACUUUGAGAGGAAGUGCACAGUAAAAGUACCAUAACUCUGUCUUUAAUGUUAACAGAAGUAUUGCUCUAUAUUAAUUUUCUUGUGCACUGUAUUAUAAUUUACACCGUUAGUAACUGACGGUGUAUGGGAUAUACACCCUAUGUAAUUUCAUACCAUACAAGAGCGAAGCUUAAGUAUGGUAUUAAAUUACUGCAGGUAUAUAUCCCAUACACCAUCAGUUACUGACGCUGUAACGAUUAUAUCUCAACCGACUACUCGAUUACUCGGGUAGUAUGGAAAUUAACUCUGGGUGUAUUGAAAAUACUCCAUGGGCACGUGUCUGCUCUAAGCCAAUUGGAUUAGGUGUUUUUUGUGGGAGGUGACAUAUAAUGCCAUUACAAUUAAAGAUAGUAAGAUGAAGCUGCAUUCAUCAUAAGAGAACAGUGGUUAAGUCCAUAGCACAAUAACUAUGGUGUACUAUAAGAGAACAGUGGUUAAGUCCAUAGCACAAUAACUAUGGUGUUCUAUAAGAGAACAGUAGUUAAGUCCAUAGCACAAUAACUAUGGUGUACUAUAAGAGAACAGUGGUUAAGUCCAUAGCACAAUAACUAUGGUGUACUAUGAGAGAACAGUGAUUAAGUCCAUAGCACAAUAACUAUGGUGUACUAUGAGAGAACAGUGGUUAAGUCAAUAGCACAAUAACUAUGGUGUACUAUAAGAGAACAGUGGUUAAAUCCAUCGCACAAUAACUAUGGUGUACUAUAAGAGAACAGUGGUUAAGUCCAUAGCACAAUAACUAUGGUGUACUUUAAAACAGUGGUUAAGUCCAUAGCACAAUAACUAUGGUGUACUAUAAGAGAACAGUGGUUAAGUCCAUAGCACAAUAACUAUGGUGUACUAUAAGAGAACAGUGGUUAAGUCCAUAGCACAAUAACUAUGGUGUACUAUAAAACAGUGGUUAAGUCCAUAGCACAAUAACUAUGGUGUACUAUAAGAGAACAGUGGUUAAGUCCAUAGCACAAUAACUAUGGUGUGCUAUAAGAGAACAGUGGUUAAGUCCAUAGCACAAUAACUAUGGUGUACUAUAAGAGAACAGUGGUUAAGUCCAUAGCACAAUAACUUAAAUUCUCUCAUUAGUUUUUUUAUAUAUAUUUCCCUUGCUGUAUUUGUUGUGAGGAGCCCAAUGUUAUUUUAUUAAUAUUAUUUAUGAAGUCUAAAUGCCUUGUUUUUGAUUUGACUGCUGCAAAGCAUAACAAUUGUUAUAAAAUUGAUAGUUAUGAACAUUUAUAAAUACAUACACAAGUGCAUUGACAUUUCUGUCCUUCAAUAACUAAAUACAAUGUUUUUGUUUCCUAAACUUUGAAGGUCAAGAUCAGUCUCUAGGGUCAGAAAAUUUCAGGGCAGUCCACACUUAGAUCUAGGGUCAGAUACUUCAGGGCAGUCCACACUUACAUCUAGGGUCAGAUACUUCAGGGCACUCCACACUUACAAUGUCAGCAUGGGAUCACUCUCUAGGGUCAGAUACUUCAGGGCACUCCACACUUACAAUGUCAGCAUGGGAUCACUCUCUAUGGUCAGAUACUUCAGGGCACUCCACACUUACAAUGUCAGCAUGGGAUCACUCUCUAGGGUCAGAUACUUCAGGGCAGUCCACACUUACAAUGUCAGCAUGGGAUCACUCUCUAGGGUCAGAUACUUCAGGGCAGUCCACACUUACAAUGUCAGCAUGGGAUCACUCUCUAGGGUCAGAUACUUCAGGGCAGUCCACACUUACAAUGUCAGCAUGGGAUCACUCUCUAGGGUCAGAUACUUCAGGGCACUCCACACUUACAAUGUCAGCAUGGGAUCACUCUCUAGGGUCAGAUACUUCAGGGCACUCCACACUUACAAUGUCAGCAUGGGAUCACUCUCUAGGGUCAGAUACUUCAGGGCACUCCACACUUACAAUGUCAGCAUGGGAUCACUCUCUAGGGUCAGAUACUUCAGGGCACUCCACACUUACAAUGUCAGCAUGGGAUUAUUUUGAUAUGAUAUUAUAUUUUUAUGAUUAUAUUGAUCCAGAGGUAUAAGUAUUAAAUCAGGCUAUUUUUAUAUAUGAUAUUGUAUUUUUGUAAGUAAACUGAUAUGGAGGUAUUAAUAUUAAAUCAGGCUAUUUUUAUAUAAUAUUGUCUUUUUGUAAGUAUAUUGAUUCAGAAGUAUUAGUCAGAUUAUUUUGACCAAUUCAUUGUUCAUAUUUAGUGAUUUGUUCUUGAAUGAUAUUGGUAUCACAUGCUUUUAUCUCAAAUACUUAAAUGUGCUUGGCAUUAGGGAUUAAUCAAUUUGCCAUCAUUGCCAGUAAUGAUAAGUAUUUCUGAAAUAAAUUACUAGUAUCACAUAAUUGUAUUCAAACUAUCUGCAAUUCUUAAAGUGAAGGACGUUAUUUAAAACAUGUGUAUGCUAUAGGUGUAUAUGUUAAGAUAAUUUUUUCCAAGAUUUGUAAACAAACAAUAGUUGUUUGUUCUGCUGGUCAGAAUUAAACCACAAAGGUGUUAGUCCUACUGAUUCCAAGUGCAUCCUAAUAAUUAAAAAAAGUUUUUUGUAGAACUGAUUCAUUCUUUAAUGUUCAAACACCAUUAUAUGAAAUUGCAAUACAAACUAAUAAUAAUGCUUUUAAAAUGGUUUUUAAGUGUCUGUGUAAUUAAUACAUUUAUCUGUGUAAAAUUUUGGACAAAAUUAUUGUAUACAGAAAUGUGUCAAUUACAAAUUUUAACCAUAAAUUAUUUUUGACCUGGGUACUGGUAGUCAAGCAAAAUCAAGGUCAUUACUUCAAGGGAAAAAAUGAAAUCUCUGAAUGGGAUGUCUCUUGGAAUGCCUUGUAAGUGGUCUUUUUUAUUGACAUGCUCAAUAUUUGUUGUACCUCAUUAUCACUGUAAUAGUGUUCUUGUGUUUGUUAACUGUUUGCUGUAUUUGCUGUGAACUGUUUGCUGAAGUUAACUGUUUGCAUACAUGUACAUGUAGUAUGUUUAAACUGCGGAUAGACAAUGCAAACUUUAGAAUGUUUACUUCUAUUUUGCAUUAUGACAGAGCUAAAUCUUUUUUAAAGUAUAUCUUUGGAAACAAUAAGGCGUUUUUUUGUAAUUUUUGUGCGGAUAUAAUUUGUUUAAUUAUUCUAUUAGUGUGGUUGUAAUAUACAUUAAUGUGGUUGUUAUAUACAUUAAUGUGGUUGUAAUAUACAUUAGUGCGGUUGUAAUAUACAUGUAUGAUUUGUUACAAUAUGCCAUGGAUGUGUGAAGUAAUGUAUGAUUGAGUUUUGAAGUCGUGCUACUACAUUGAAUAAUUUGCUUUAAAUUUGUCCAAAUUUAUUUUAUCUUUAUGCUUUUAUUACAUUAAAAAGUUAUAUUUAGCUAUUAAAAAAAGUAUAUGAAGUACACAUUAAUGAUAUUGUCAUCAUCAAUCGUGUUUUUUUUUCAAUUUAAUUAGAUUUUUCAUCUUUUUGCAUGUACAUGUCAUGAAUUAAAUAAAACAUUGUUAAUAAGUAACUUUGAAAGAUGCUUUUGUUAAAUAAUUAUAUAAUAGGAAAUGAUCUUACGAUUCUCAAAUGUGUAUGCAUGCAAGUAUAAGGUUGCCGUGGUGUAGUGGCUAUGGUGUCGGCCUACUGACCAGGAGGUCCUGACUUGAUCCCCACUGUAAGCAGUUCCUAAGAUCUUUCCAAUGACACCAAGUACCUGGUCCCAGAAAUCAGACUGGAGAGCUGUAGGGUUUCAAUGCAAUCAAGCUCAAAUAAAUAGGUUUGAACUAAA